AGUUGCAUGUUGAACUCGCGACUCGCCUCGGUUUCCUCAUUGUUUAUUUCUAUUCUUCCCGCUCUCUUUUUACUUCGUUUUUAUAUAUAUAUAUUUUUUUAUUUGUGUUUUGUUUUGUGCAUAUUUUAAAUCACUUCCCCCAUCACUUUCGCCCUAAUUAAAUGUGCGCGCUAAUGCGUUAAACGGUUUCUGCAAUUUGCCUUUGAGCCGAAAACACUGUGUGUUUGGUGUGUGUGUACUGGUGUGUGUAUACCCGUGACUGUGUGUGCGUGUGUGUGUGUACUCCUGUGGAAAUUACAUUUAUAAUUACGCUUAAUCCGUCGAUUACUCUCAUCGCAAACAGCGGAACCAAAAAGACUAACCGCAGCGUUCGCUGACCGCAUUCCUGUGUUUUGCCAGAUCGAACAGAGGCUAAAGCCGGAUAAGACACGCUUGCCCAAUUACCUGUCACCGUUACCGCUUCCGCUUGGUAAUCGAAGGCAUCGUAGAAGGGAGCACCAGCCGGACCAGAGGCAUUAUCACAAGGAUAACCCCGAAUCAGCAGCCUUCGCCAUGGGCAAGAAGAACUCGAAAUUGAAGCAGGACACCAUCGAUCGCCUGACAACAGACACAUACUUCACCGAAAAGGAAAUUCGUCAAUGGCACAAAGGCUUUCUCAAAGACUGUCCCAAUGGUCUGCUGACCGAGCAAGGCUUCAUCAAAAUCUACAAGCAAUUCUUUCCCGACGGAGACCCCAGUAAAUUCGCCUCCCUGGUAUUUCGUGUCUUCGAUGAGAAUAAUGACGGUGCCAUUGAGUUCGAGGAGUUUAUUCGGGCUUUGUCUAUAACAUCGCGUGGAAAUCUAGACGAGAAGUUGCACUGGGCCUUCCGUCUGUAUGAUGUGGACAACGAUGGCUACAUAACCCGCGAGGAGAUGUACAACAUAGUGGAUGCCAUCUACCAAAUGGUGGGCCAGCAGCCGCAGACAGAGGACGAGAAUACGCCGCAGAAGCGAGUGGAUAAGAUCUUUGAUCAGAUGGACAAGAACCACGACGAUCGCCUAACGCUGGAGGAGUUCCGUGAGGGCAGUAAAGCUGAUCCACGUAUAGUGCAGGCGUUAAGUUUAGGUGGUGAUUAACAACCGCAGGGCCCGUAGUAGUAGUAGUACCAUAGUAGUGGCAACGAAGCUCGUUAAUGGCGGGGGGAGCGA